GCGCAUCGCGAUUGGUCUUUCGGAGGAUUAGGAAAUGGUGUGUGAAAGGGUUAGUGGCUGGUCAUCUAUUUGGAACUAGAGCAAGAGCUUUCGUUUCUGUAUGUGUUGUUUAUUUAAGUUUCACAGACAGUGCCGCGCCGAGGUAUCUUUUGGUUGUAUCUGUUCAAACCCACACAUUGAGCCACGACUACUAUAUAGAGGGAGCUUUUGUUUGUAAAACGAUAAAUGCUAACUAGCUAGCUCGCUAGCUUGCUCACUGUCUUGAGUCGUGAGGAGCGUUGUUGGCUCUUACUAGCCAGCUACCGUGUGGAUUAGUUCAGUGGUCUCAUGCUCAACAUUUUACCAACGACGAUGUCUUUGACAUAGCCAACUGACAUUACCUGUAUGCGUGUAGAGACACUUGUGAUGCAGGUUGUAUGUGGUCACUGGAACGUCAGGUAUAGCUACUACCUCAUGCGGAAUAACUGUCGUAGCUAGCUAGCGAUAGCUAACUACUCCAAUGGAAUAGGAUAUAAAAGUGAAUGAUCAGCUGAUUGAGCCAAACAGCUAAUCUGUUUAGCUAGCUAUAGUUGUCCUCGUUGAUUAAGGGCUGAGUGGAUGUUCCGCAAUGAAGGCGAUGAGGAUCUGUCAACUUCUAAUUGUUGUUCUAUUUAUGUCUCUGGGAACAACAGCUGAUUUGCAAGCGGAAGAGAACGAAGUGGCAGACGUCAAACAGAACAUAGAGGAGGAGGAACAGGUCCCAGUAGGGGCCCGUGUGGUAGCUGGGCAGUCGGUUUACCAACAGGAGUCCCCCCCCACGGAGGAGCAGGAUCAUGGAGGGAGAGUGCCGGAGAUGGAAAUAGAGGGGGAAGACAAGGAAGACCUCCCUGACCAGCCCCCCCCUAUCAAAGAGAAGCCCAAAGAGAUUCCUGUGGUGAAUGGGGGCACAGCCUCAGGGGAGCCCUGUCUGUUCCCGUUCCUCUUUAUGGGUAAGGUGUACACCGACUGCACUACAGAGGGCCGCCGGGACGGCAGGCUGUGGUGUGCCACCACCUACGACUACGACCGGGAAAAGAAAUGGGGCUUCUGUGAAACGGAGGAGCAGGCCGAUCAGAGGCGGGAAGCUGAGGAGGCCGAGGAACACUACCAGUCUGCCAUCCGGAUGAUCAACAGCACUAACCGAAAGAGCCAGAAGAAAGAGGCGUAUGAGAGGCUGCUGGAGAUCUCCAGGAGAGGCCACACCAAAGCCACAGAGAAGGUGGCUUACGCCAUGCUGUUUGGGGACUACAUGACCCAGAACGUCUCUCAGGCCAAGGGUCUGUUUGAGAAGCUGGCACUUGAUGGAUCUCCCAAAGCCCAAAUGGCUCUCGGCUUCCUGUACGCGGCAGGUCUGGGAGUGAACUCCAGUCAAGCGAAGGCUUUGGUUUACUACACCUUUGGUGCCUUGGGGGGUAACCUGGUUGCCCAUAUGAUUCUGGGCUACAGAUACUGGGGUGGAGUCGGUGUGCCUCAGAGCUGCGAAUCAGCGCUCACCCACUACAGACUCGUGGCCAAUCACGUGGCCAAUGACGUCUCCCUGACCGGAGGCAGUGCCGUGCAGAGGAUCCGGCUGCUGGACGAGGCGGAGAACCCGGGUUCCACCAGCGGCAUGCUGGAGGAGGACCUCAUUCAGUACUACCAGUUCCUGGCGGAGAAGGGAGACGUCCAGGCACAGGUUGGACUGGGUCAGCUGCAUCUUCACGGUGGCCGAGGAGUCGAACAGAAUCACCAGCGUGCCUAUGACUACUUCAACCAAGCUGCCAACGCGGGGAACACCCAUGCCAUGGCCUUUUUAGGAAAGAUGUACUCUGAGGGUAGUGAGUCUGUGCCCCAGAACAACGACACGGCGCUGCAGUACUUCAAAAAAGCCUCCGACAUGGGGAACCCAGUGGGACAGAGUGGUCUGGGAAUGGCCUACCUGUAUGGAAGAGGGGUCCCUGUGAACUAUGAGUUGGCACUCAAGUACUUCCAGAAGGCUGCUGAACAGGGUUGGGUGGACGGCCAGCUUCAACUAGGAACCAUGUACUACAAUGGCAUCGGGGUAAAGCGAGACUACAAGCAGGCUCUAAAAUACUUCAACCUGGCCUCUCAGGCCGGCCACAUCCUGGCCUUCUACAACCUGGCACAGAUGCACGCCACUGGCACAGGGGUCAUGAGGUCAUGCCAUACUGCCGUGGAGCUCUUUAAGAAUGUGUGUGAGCGUGGGCGCUGGUCUGAGCGCCUGAUGACGGCCUACGGCAGCUUUAAGGACGGGGACAUGGACUCCGCGAUGGUGCAGUACCUGCUGCUGGCCGAGCAGGGCUACGAGGUCGCCCAGAGCAACGUGGCCUUCAUCCUGGACCAGACAGCAGAUGGAUCUCACAUCUUCAGUGAGAAUGAGACGUAUCCACGAGCGCUGCUCCACUGGACCAGAGCUGCUGCCCAGGGCUACACAGUGGCCCGCAUCAAACUGGGCGACUACCAUUUCUAUGGCUACGGCACAGACGUGGACUAUGAGACGGCCGUCAUUCACUAUCGGCUGGCCUCCGAACAGCAGCACAGCGCCCAGGCCAUGUUCAACCUGGGCUACAUGCACGAGAAAGGCCUGGGCAUCAAACAGGAUAUCCACCUGGCCAAGCGCUUCUAUGACAUGGCAGCCGAGGCCAGUCCUGAUGCCCAGGUGCCCGUGUUCCUGGCGCUGUGCAAGCUGGGAGUCGUCUACGCACUUCAGUACCUGCAGGAUCUCAAUAUGACGGACAUGGUCUCUCAGGUGGACCUAGACCAGCUGCUGGGCCCUGAGUGGGAUCUGUACCUGAUGACGGUCAUCGCCCUGCUGCUGGGCACGGUCAUCGCCUACCGCCAGCGGCAGCACCAGGCCCCCCUCCCGCGCCCCCCUCCCGUGCCCCCGAGGGCCCCCGCCGAGCAGCCUGAGCACCCAGGCCCCGCCAUGCCUGAGGAGCAGUGAUACAUCCCUGCCCAGCCGUUGCCACCAGGAGGGGGAGGAGGAGAGAGCGGGUUGAGGAGGGAGGGGGUGGGGGGUAUCAGGAGCGCUAAGAGACUCAAAUCAGAACGUCUUCACUCUCUGUACCCUCUCACCCUCCCAGGAACCUGCCCCAAAGCCAAUGGAAGAGACCAUCAUCCAACCUCCCCCUUCUCUCUUUUUCUUCUUAAGCUGAUCCACCGAUGCUCCAGUCCUGUCUAACACACACCUCCAGCCUCCUCUUCACACAGCCCCCCCCCCCCCCCCCACCCCUCUUACAUUUCAGUUCAGUGGACAAAAGAAGACGGAGACACUGAGCGACGAAAUUGAAACAAGUGUCCCUUUAAGACAUUGAGUUCCCAAGUCCCCAGCCAAGUCUCCUAUCUCCCCACGUGGGGUCAAGAGGUCGUGGCGUGAUCCUUCCACGGGUGACGCCUGGCAACACCACAAAACCCUUCUGAAUCCUCAGCCUCAAUAAGGGACGCUGUCAAUGAGAGGAAGAGGGAGACAGAAAGAAAGACAACAAAAAUGUCCUUUCUUCGACAACCCUUGUGGACUGCUUGAGGGUGCAGACAUUACAGACUGUCCAGAGUGGUCAGGGAGACUGGGUAGUGUUUCCUUGGCACUUGGAACACAUAGAGGAAAAUGAAUGCUCAUGAAUGAAACGUUUUAAAAGUCAGUUUUGCUUGCCUGUUGAUGUUCUUUUCCAUUUCUUUCUGUAGCAACUGUAGCUCUCUUGGCUAGCAAUAUGAGUUGUCAUCACGUCUUCUGCCAUGAGGUCAAAUGUGGAGGAUGUCAUUGCUGUUGUGUAUUUUCUUUAAAAAAAAAAAAAAAAGUUUCAGGAAUGUUGCCAGGCAUAUUCUGAUAUGUUCUGUUCUGUUGGAGAACAUGUUCUUCAGGCACAUGUGUCAUAUUCAGGAGAACUACCAGAGGAACACUGUUGGCAGCCCUUCAGCCGAGUUGACCAGGGAUGUUUGGCAGUAGAGUGUUUGUUGUUGAUGUAAAAUAAAUCUGACAAGGUUAAUACUUAA